AUGAAAAUCUCACUAAGUCUCUCGUUCCUUGCAACUUCACAGUUAGUGUCUGCUCUAUCGAAAGACAGCUUGCAAUCUUAUGAUAAGAUUAAGAGAGAUGCUGUAUUAAAUGAUGUUUUCGAUGUCAAAACAUAUGGUUCUGGUCUGGAUGAAGACGAUAAAUGUCCGCCUUGCUUCAAUUGCAAUUUGCCCAAUUUCGAAUGCACUCAGUUUUCUCAAUGCAACCCAUUCACAGGUAUGUGUGAAUGCAGGGAUGGCUAUGGAGGAAUGGAUUGUUCGGAACCAUUAUGUGGCUCUUUAUCUGACGGGAAUAAGAAUAGGCCAAUAAGGAACGAUUCUACUUGUUCUUGCAAAGACGGCUGGUCGGGAAUUAACUGUAAUUUGUGUACAGACGAUUCUUCGUGUGAUUCCUUCGUACCUAAAGGUUUGAAGGGCACUUGUUAUAAAUCCGGAAUCAUUGUCAAUAAGUUCCAUCAAAUGUGCGAUGUUACCAAUCCGAAAAUUAUUUCUAUCCUCAAGGGCAAAAAGCCCCAAGUGACAUUUUCGUGCAAUAAGACGGCAGCCAUGUGCGACUUCCAAUUCUGGAUAGCAGAAAAGGAGUCGUUCUACUGUGAUUUGUCCAAGUGUGAUUUUCAGUAUGAUUUGGAGGCUAACAAAACUCGCUAUAAAUGUGAAAAUGUUGGGUGUAAAUGUUUACCUGAUAGAAUGUUGUGUGGCGAGUCUGGAUCAAUUGAUAUCUCUGACUUUCUUACCGAAACCAUUGAAGGACCGGGCGAAUUCUCUUGUGAUAUCAAUUCUAAGAAUUGCCGUUUCUCGGAACCUAGUAUGAACCAAUUGAUCUCUUCUGUCUUUGGAGAUCCUUACAUUACCUUAAAUUGCAAGUCAGGAGAGUGUGUUCACAAAAGUGAAAUCCCUGGUUACGAUAUUCCAGAUCACGGCAAAUUCACGAUGUAUAAUAUGUUUACGAUCGCUGCGGUUGUGCUUGUAUGUGUGGUUGUGAUUGCGUGGGGUGCUUACACUAUUGGAAAAAGUCCCUUAUUCGUUGGAGUUGCUGGCUCAGAUUAUGAAGUUUCAAGUUCAGAGUACAAUUCAUUGACUGAGAAUUUCACCCCAACUACGUUAUCCUUCCAACAAAUCUCGUACGUUCUUCCCCUGGGCGCUUCUGUUCUCAAUGACAUAUAUGGCAUGGUUAGCCCAGGACAAUGUCUUGCCAUUAUGGGUGGUUCCGGUGCCGGUAAAACCACGUUGUUGGAUAUUCUCGCUGGCAAAAACAAGAGUGGUGAAGUUCAAGGUGAGGUUUAUGUUAAUGGCCAAAUUAUAGCAAAACAUGACUAUAAGAAGAUUGUUGGCUUUGUCGAUCAGGAGGAUCAUCUCAUUCCAACGUUGACUGUGUAUGAAACUGUCUUGAACAGUGCUUUGCUCCGUUUGCCUCGCUCAAUGUCCUACUCUGCAAAGGUUGCCAGAGUUAUAGAAGUCUUAAAAGAGUUGAGGAUUUUUAAAAUAAAGGACAGAGUUGUUGGAUCGGAUUUCAAGCGUGGCAUUUCCGGUGGAGAAAAGAGAAGACUUUCAAUCGCGUGUGAGUUGGUGACGUCCCCAUGUAUUUUAUUCUUAGACGAGCCGACUUCUGGUUUGGACGCAUACAAUGCCAGGAACGUCGUCGACACAUUGGUAAAGUUGGCCAAGGACUACAAUAGAACAAUUGUUUUCACCAUUCAUCAACCGAGAAGUAACAUUGUUUCUUUGUUUGAUAAGCUUCUUCUCCUUAGCGAAGGAGACUUGGUCUACUCAGGAGAUAUGAUCAAAUGCAAUGACUUUUUCCGCAAGAAUGGUUAUCAGUGUCCAAGUGGUUACAAUAUCGCGGAUUAUUUGAUUGACAUCACCGUUGACCAUAAAAGGAUUAUUAAGGUACCCGAUAUUGAAGAUCCUCAUGAAGCAUUUGUGGCCACGCAGAGAAACAGCGAUACAGACAUUACAAAUGAGUGGGAACAUUUUGCGCUUCACAGGGAUGAGUACAAUUAUCAACCUGUAAAACAAUCUUCAGGAGAAGGAGAUACUUUGAUGCAAAUCAGUAACAAACUUCCACAGAUAUUUCAUGAAUCUCCUCUGGCAAUAGAACUCAGGCAAGAUAUUGCAGCUUCCCGUGAAUCCGCUACUGACUUUGACAUACUGUACCAUUUGUUCGCCAAAGCAAGUUUUUUGACUCAGUUGAAAGUAUUAUGUUCGAGAACGUUCAAAAAUUUGUACAGAAACCCCAGACUCCUCUUGACCAAUUACGUGUUGUCUCUCUUGGUUGGACUCUUCUGUGGAUUUUUGUACUACAACGUCUCUAAUGAUAUCAGUGGAUUUCAAAAUAGAUUGGGAUUGUUUUUUUUCAUCCUCGCAUUGUUUGGCUUUUCUGCGUUAACAGGUUUGCAUUCAUUCUCACAGGAGAGAAUUAUUUUCAUUCGUGAAAGAGCAAAUAAUUACUACCAUCCGGCAAGUUAUUACAUCAGUAAGAUGGUCUGUGAUUUGAUUCCUUUGAGAGUUUUGCCUCCCAUUAUUUUAUUGAGUAUUUUGUAUCCACUUGUCGGCUUGACUAUGAAAAAUAAUGGGUUCUUGAAAGCACUCAGUGUCUUGAUCUUAUUCAAUGUUGCUGUUGCAAUUGAGGUAUUGAUUAUUGGAAUCCUAAUUAAAGAGCCGGGCACCUCGACUAUACUGGCUGUUUUGAUUCUCUUAUUUUCUAUGCUUUUUGCUGGAUUGUUUAUCAACAGCGAGGACCUUAAAGUCCAGACUAAAUGGAUGGAGUGGAUUUCCCUCUUCCAUUACGCGUACGAGGCGCUAGCCAUAAACGAAGUUAAGGACUUGAUUCUCAAGGAAAAAAAAUACGGGCUUUCAAUCGAAGUUCCAGGUGCUGUCAUUCUCAGCACAUUUGGUUUUGAUGUCAGUGCGUUUUGGAAAGACCUCUGCUACUUAGGAGCUUGGGGUUUCGUUUUCUUGAUCUUUGGAUACAUCUUUUUACACUAUUUCACGGUCGAAAGGCGGUGA